AUGACUAACGUUGCCGGUGGAACUGGAGACGCUGCAAAGGGCGCAAAGAUCUUCAAGACGAAAUGCGCACAGUGUCACACUGUUAAUGCAGGAGGUGCUCAUAAGCAGGGACCGAAUCUUUCGGGUAUGAUCAACCGUCAGUCUGGUCAAGCUGAAGGUUAUUCGUAUUCGGCUGCUAAUAAGAAUUCGGGUGUUGUUUGGACGGAUGAGACGUUGUUUGAGUAUCUUUUAGCCCCGAAGAAGUACAUUAAGGGUACGAAGAUGGUGUUUGCUGGCUUAAAGAAGCCACAAGAGCGUCGCGACUUGAUCGCAUAUCUGAUGGAAGCUACUCAAGAGUAA